CCAUCCACAACAACCCACCUUCAACCCCCAUCUCAAGAAAUAUGGCCCCAUCUCAAUUCCGCCUCAUCUUCUCCGUCCCCCCUUCCGGCCUCGCCGCCUCCAAAGCCGCCAUCUUCGCCGCCGGGGCCGGUCGCUACCCGGGCGGGAAAUACACCGAGUGCUGCUGGACCACCGCCGGCACGGGCCAGUUCCGGCCGGGAGACGCCGCGAAUCCCCACAUUGGCACCUUGGGCGCCCUCGAGGAGACUCCAGAGAUUCGAGUAGAGACGAUCUGUGUGGGGGAGGAGGUUGCGCGGCAGGCUGUGGAGGCGUUGAAGAGGGCUCAUCCGUAUGAGCAGCCGUCGUAUAGUGUGUUUCGGAUGGAGGAGUUUUGAGGUUGCUGGGGGAUUGUGUUAGGUGCUGGGGAAGUCGAAGGGAGGUGAUAUUUAUGUUACUGGCUUUUCUCUUAAAUAGGUAUUAGCUCAUGA